AGUGCCAUUGCAGCAGGAAGAGGGAGGUCAGGAGGUGGCGGAGAUGGACGGCGGCGGCAGGGAGUCGGAGGAGCAGCUCGCCAAGUUCCUGGUGCUGGGGCUGUACGAGGCGCUCAGCUCCGGGGACGCGCGCCGGGCGCAGGAGCUGCUCGCGCCGGACCUGGGAUGGUGGUUCCACGGGCCGCCGGCCCACCAGCACAUGAUGCGCCUCCUCACCGGCGCCGACCAGCAGGGCGAGGCGGGGUUCGCCUUCUCCCCGCGCUCCGUCGACGCGUUCGGCGACACCGUCAUCGCCGAGGGCACCGACGGCAGCCGCCAGCUCUACUGGGUGCACGCCUGGACCGUCGGUCCCGACGGGGUGAUCACCCAGCUCAGGGAGUACUUCAACACCGACCUCACCGUCACGCGCCUCGCCACCUCCGCUGCUGCCAUGGACACCGCCGCCAUUUCUUCGAACCUCGCCGCCGCCGCCUCUUCUUCCGCCUUCCCGGCGCGGGCGCCAGCGAAGCUCAAGUGCCUGUGGAAGAGCAGACGUGCAGACCGCGAGCACAAGUCGCUGCCCGGACUCGUCCUCGCUAUCUAAGAGCAAAGCCAAGACGCACCAACAGACUAACGCACAUUAAUACGCUUCUCUAAGUUAAUCAAAUAAUAAAAGGAAUACUUCAACAGUUUUGCUAAGAAUAACGUCACAUUUUUAACUUCAUUUCUGCCACCUUUUUCUCUAUAUUAUUGCUACCAGUAUUAUAUAUCAUAUAUGUAGUUUUGAUCUCUACUAU